AUGAGCGACGCACCCGUUAUCUUCAAAAGGACCAAAUCCAAGGUCGCCCAACGAGCACGGACAUCAAAUGCCGAGAACAACGAAGAAAAUCCGCCCGACGAUGACUCAAGCGAAUCCCCCAGCACUCUCGCCACGAAGCUGAAGAAGAAGGCGCGCUCAAAAACCAAAUCUCGGCUGAGCUUCGGUGGGCCAGAUGAGGACGUGAGCGAAGGCGAUGGCGAUGUUUUCCAGGUCAAGAAGUCAAACCUCAGUCGCAAGCUGACUCUAGGGAAAGCCUCUAGCCCCCUACCAGCGUCAUUAGACCAGGCGAAUAUAUCCGCUCAAUCCACUGGACCCGUUUAUGACGCCGCGUACCUAUCUCAACUCAAAGCGAGCACCCCCACCACUCGACCCCGUCUCGCCACUGAAGAGUCCACGGACGUGUCGAUGGAUGUGGACGAUGCUUCAGGGCAACGUGUAUCCGAGAUGGACUUCAUAGACAAUGCUGGGGCGGCCAUUCCAUCUGAAUCGACAAUCGUGGCUGCGAAACAGAAACGUGAUCGCCUUCGCAAAGGGCCUGAAGAGGACUUCAUAUCAUUGACGGUCUCUAAAUAUGAUUCGGGCCCACCAGGGCCACAUCCUGGGAGUCGUCUUAUGCGGGAAGAGGAUGAAAUAGGCGAAGGAGACGACGAAUUCGCCGAAUACACCAGUGCUCAGGAACGUAUUGCGCUUGGCAAGAAAUCGCGCAAGAAGGAAGCUAGUAAGCGCAAGGAGGAAAUCAGGGAGUUGAUUGCUGACGCCGAGGAGGAGGACGAAGAGACGAUAGAAUGGGAACAAGAACAACUCCGCAGGGGUGGACAUUUGGGCGUAGAAACUACUGAAGGCACCGUCAGACAGACGUACAAGCCUGCUCCGAUACCUGCCGUGACGCCUAUACCCUCGCUGGGUCCCUCCAUCCAGCGUCUUACACAGUCACUCACCUCUCUGACGACCUCUCAUGCUGAUAGCAGCACAUCUAUGCGAAAGCUAGCAGAUGAGCGGGAGCAACUAGAGACUCGUGAAACUGAGCUGCGUGAGAUGAUUCGUGAGGCUGAAGCCAAGAGGAGUUGGUUUGCAGCGUUUCGGGAGUAUAUCGAGAAUGUUGCGACGUUUUUGGAUGAGAAGUUCCCAAUGCUGGAGAAACUCGAAGAAGAGCAUGUUUUUCUCCUAGCCGAACGGCGGGACAUGAUCACCAAGCGACGACAGACGGACAUUGAGGAUGAUCUCUCAAUAUUUCUGGGUUCUCUCCCCGCAGAAGCUGAACUUGAAGAGGUCGUGGACGAGCUGGGUCGCGUUAUACCGCAAGCGAACCCUGAGGCUUCUCGACGCGCCAGGCGCACGGCUCGUACUUCUCGCCAUAAUCGUCACCGAAGCCUACCUCGAAGAUCGGAUCGCAACGAGGAGGAAGGAUUUUCAACGGAUUCUUCUCUCGAUCCGCCAGACGCUGUCGACUUUGAGGAAGCGAUGCGAAGGCUGUCCGAUGACCGAGAGGAGAUAUUGGGUGAUGUACGGGCGGCGGACUUUAGAGAUCCAGCCAAAGGUCUUGCUAAAUGGUUCAGCGAAUGGAGGGAGAAGUUCGGCGACAUUUACCAAGGUGCAUGGGGUGGUUUAGGCCUCGUCGGCGCUUGGGAAUUUUGGGUUCGGCUCGAGAUACUUGGGUGGGAUCCUUUAGAAGAUCCCAGAGGCUUAGAUAGCUUUCGAUGGUACACUUCGCUCUUUGAAUAUUCUCGACCUCGCAACCCGGAUGCCGACGAGGACGACGAGGACGAACCUGCGCUGAGCCCAGAAGGCGAUCUCGUCCCUUCGAUGAUCUCCACCGCCGUAAUUCCGCGUGUAUGCAGAGUUAUAGGUGGCGGCGCAUUUGAUCCAUACUCUUCGCGGCAUACUCGAAAACUAGUUGAUCUGGCCGAACAACUUGAAGUAUCCGUAGCCAGCGAUAACCAAAAGCUUCAGAUUCUCCUCAAAGCGGCUGUGUCGGUCUUCUCAGAUGCUGUCACCGCUAUGACCAAUGUCAUCACUCCGUACAUGACAUUGGUGAAUCCGCGUUUCGAUCCAGAAGCAAUUCCGGCCCGACGUCGUCUACUAACAAAGCAAAGCAAACUACUGCAAUGUAUGCUUCAAUGGCGUAAGUAUACCGGCGAAAAGUUUGGUAUGGGAGAAUUGGUGACUACGUUAGUUGGGGAGUGCAUGUUACCCAUAGCGGAGACGGGUUGGGAGGUGGGUGGUGAGGAGCGUAUGCGAAAGGUCGUCGCCGCCUUGCCUUCUGAACUCGUGCCAAACGCGGUGAAAGCCCGUCUAGGCGGUGUGGGUAUUCUACCAUGAGUGACUUCAUCUCUCUGCCUUAUUCAUGGAGUUCGUUGCAUCAAUGUUUGGACGGAUCUGAUCUUGCCAAUCCUGUCGACCCCGAGCACAAGGAUUCGAAUCUUUGAGUGACGACAGGCCUGGCACUUGUGCCUUUAUCCACCUGUAGUCGCCAUAUGCUGCUCGGCAUAUCAGACUCAUCCAGGAAACUCUUUUGACCUGCGCUACAUGGAGGCUUCUGCGGCCGAAUGACCCACUGUGCGCACGGUUCGUUCGGUUGUCCGACAUAUCGACAACUUUCCACG